AUGGCAGCUGUUAAUAUUUCUAAAGAUAAUAAAACUACAUUGUAUAUAGGUGGUCUCGAUCAAGGAAUUACUGAAAGCAUGUUACAUGCUGCAUUUAUUCCUUUUGGUGAAAUUGUGGCAGUCCAAAUACCUUUAGAUACAUCAAAUGAUUCAACUAAUACACAUAAGGGUUUCGGUUUUGUUGAAUUUGAAUUACCUGAAGACUGUCAAGCAGCUAUUGAUAAUAUGCAUUUAGCAGAAUUGAAUGGCAAAGUAAUCAAAGUACAAUUAGCCAAUCCUCAUAUUGUUACAGCCACAUCUAAUCGUGCAGUUUGGACGGAAGAGUCUUGGUUACAGAAAUAUGCUGGUGUAGAUAGUAACAAUGAUAAUAAGGAUAAAGAAAUGAAAGAUGCACCAGAGAAUACUUCAGAUGAGGAUGAAGAUAACAAUAAAGCUAGUCAUGUAAAACCUGCUCCGUCUAAAGGUGGUAAAUCUCGUGUAUAUUUAGAUAUCCAAAUUGGAGGUUCAUUAGCAGGUCGUAUUGAAAUUGAGCUUCGUGGAGAUGUAGUGCCCAAGACAGCUGAAAAUUUCAGAGCAUUAUGUACAGGUGAAUUAGGAUUUGGAUAUAAAAACUCUGUAUUUCAUCGUAUUAUUCCUCAAUUCAUGUGUCAAGGUGGUGAUAUUACAAAGGGGAAUGGUACAGGGGGUAAAUCAAUCUAUGAUGGUCGAUUUGAAGAUGAAAAUUUUGUCUUAAAACAUACUGAACCCGGUAUUUUAUCAAUGGCUAAUGCAGGACCUAACACAAAUGGUAGUCAAUUUUUUAUUUGUACAGAAAAGACAUCUUGGUUAGAUGGGAAACAUGUUGUUUUCGGACGUGUCUUGUCAGGUAUGAAUGUAGUACGCGAAAUGGAGAAAUGUGGAUCAUCAAAUGGAAAAACUUCAAAACGUGUAACUAUCGUAGAUUGUGGACAGCUUUGA